AAUUCACUUCACAGGUGUUGCAGCACACAAAGGAGGAACAGCCAAUAAUCCUGCAUUAUCCGACGCGUGUCCUCAAUAUUCCAUCUCUCGACUCCAUCGCAAAACAAAAUCCACGUUUACAGAUCGAUCAAAACCCCACCAAAAAUAUUCCGCUCACUCUCUUUACCACCUUUCGGCGAUUAAAGAUAAAAUAAUAAUAAUCAGUGGUUAUACAAUCACUUCAAACUCCAGAUCUGCUCUAGAGGUAAGUUUAAGAAAUCUUCGAGAAAAUUAGAGAUCGAUUCGAGCAUUUUUGGAGAAGGAAAGGAGAGGUUAGUUUUGAGUAUGGAGGGGAAGCUGAUAGAGAGGUUGGAGGCCGCGGUGGCGCGGCUGGAGGCUCUAUCGAUCAGUGGAGUCUCCGCAAGGGGGUUACCGGAUAGCGGUGUUGAGGUGGCUUCGGAUCCCUCGAUUGUGGCGUUUGACGAUCUUAUGGCUCAAUAUGCUGCUAGGGUUUCGGGUGCUGCGGAGAAAAUUGGGGGUCAAGUGCUGGAUGUGACUAAGAUUCUUCUCGAGGCUUUCUCUGUGCAAAAGAAACUUCUUAUCGAGAUCAAGCAAACUCAGAAACCUGAUAUGGCUGGCUUGGCUGAAUUUCUCAAACCACUGAAUGAAGUGAUCAUGAAGGCUAAUGCUAUGACAGAAGGAAGGCGAUCUGAUUUUUUCAACCACUUGAAGAGUGCUGGGGACAGUCUUACAGCUUUAGCAUGGAUUGCUUACACUGGAAAAGAUUGUGGUAUGAGUAUGCCUAUCGCACAUGUGGAAGAAAGUUGGCAAAUGGCCGAAUUUUACAACAACAAGAUUCUUGUAGAGUACAGAAAGAAAGAUCAAAACCAUGUUGAGUGGGCCAAAGCUUUGAAGGAGCUGUAUUUACCAGGUCUGAGGGAUUAUGUCAAAAGUCAUUUUCCUCUUGGCCCGGUAUGGAAUGCUUCUGGUAAAACAGCGUCUAGUGCUCCUUUGAAAGCUCCUCCACCAGGUGCCCCUGUGCCUCCUCCACCUCCACCUGCUUCUCUUUUCAGCUCAGAAGCUUCUCAACCUUCUUCAUCACGUCCAAAACAAGGGAUGGCAGCUGUUUUCCAAGAAAUCAAUACUGGGAAUGUUACUGCUGGCCUGAAGAAGGUUACUGCUGAUAAGAAGACAAAGAACCGUACAGAUAGAACAGGCAUUGUUAGUGCCAGUGAAGAGGACACUCGUUCCAGCUCCUCUUCUUUCUCAAAAGUUGGACCACCGAAACUAGAGCUGCAAAUGGGUCGUAAGUGGGUCGUUGAGAACCAAAUUGGGAGAAAGAACUUAGUUAUUGAUGACUGUGAUGCCAAACAGUCUGUAUAUGUUUUUGGAUGCAAAGAUUCUGUUUUGCAGAUUCAGGGGAAAGUCAACAAUAUAACAAUUGACAAAUGCACUAAGAUGGGAGUGGUUUUUAAGGAUGUUGUGGCUGCUUGUGAGAUAGUAAACUGCAAUGGUGUUGAGGUGCAAUGUCAGGGUUCUGCUCCAACAAUUUCAGUGGACAACACUUCUGGCUGUCAGUUAUAUUUAAGCAAAGAUUCUUUAGGGGCAUCUAUAACAACAGCCAAGUCAAGUGAGAUCAAUGUACUAGUACCUGCUGCUGAGUCGGGUGGUGACUGGGUGGAGCAUUCUUUGCCGCAACAGUAUGUCCAGGUAUUUAAGGAUGGCCAGUUUGAAACUACUCCAGUCUCGCACUCAGGAGGUUAAUUGAGGCUUAUUUUAAUCUACAAUUUAGCUUUUUCGUUUUAAACUUUACUCUGGAUAACUUUGGGUGAUUUUGAUUUCUUUUGUACCCUUAUUCAAUCUCUGUCUAUAUAUUUAUGACAACAUAUCCGCUGGUCAUCAUCUGGUUUGAAUCUCAUCCGUUAUCUUUUUUUGUUUUUGUUUUCUGGAGAUGAGUUGGUGCUUUUUGCAACUAUUUAUGUUGUAAUUGUAACUUUUAAGUUUAUAAUGUUCUGCCGAACAUUUUUCUUUAAUGAAUUAAUAUGUGAGUGAGUAUACUGU